AUGCUCAGCAACUUCGAUGCAGAGCUCAAACUGGUUAUCGCGGGGAAUCAUGACUUGGAGCUCGAUGAAGGAUGGUGCAGGGAACACCUCGACGAAGACGAAGAUUAUCUUCAGGACCAUGCUCGUGCCAUGGAGAUUAUGCAGGGACAAUUUGCAAGAGACGCGGGGCGACGUUCAAAAUAUAUGUUUCUCUUUAUCAACCGGAAUAAUAACGAUUAUGCCUUCCCUUACAAACGUAGCGAGGAUCGCUUCAGUGUGUCGGGGGAAACUGCCCAGGGAAUCACUUCUAUUGCUGAGAAUCCCAUGCCAGGUUUCGCGGGUGUAGAUAUUGUGAUGACGCAUGGUCCACCCAAGGGAAUCAGAGACGAGUGUAAGGACGGACACCAGGGUUGCGAUCACAUUCUUCGAGCCAUCAAGCGUGUGAAGCCUCUGAUGCAUUGCUUCGGACACAUUUAUAAAGGGUAUGGUGCCCACAAGGUCGUGUGGGAGGAAAGUGUCAUGAAGAAAGAGAUCGGUCUGGUCAAUAGUUAUCCCAGGCCUACGGACGUGUCUGUCGAGUCUGAAAAGGAAACGCUGAUGGUUAAUGCGGCGAUAUUGGAUGGAGAGCAUCGGCCAACUAAUGCUCCCUGGAUUCUGAAUUUGGAUUUGCCUUCCGCAUAG